AUGCCCGGCCCCUCCUCCCACAACGGCAGCGUCUCCCCGAGACAGCCGUCGCCGCCAAAGAAUGUCGCAUUUGAGUUGCUGUUCCUUGACUCUCCUCAAUACCGUGCGCGCCUUCCUAUGCGCGUGCAAAUUUACCCACAUGACACGACCGACUCCAUUGUCACCACGGUCAAGAAUUUUUAUGGCCUCUACUCCGGUCGGGCUGGCUCCAAGGGCGUCAGCUUCGAGGACGACCAGGGCAACACUCUGAUCGCGCGGUAUGAAAACUUUACCAACAACAUGAUUGUCUACGUCCGCGUCAUUGAAGAGUCCCCCGCUGCCUCCGGCGCCUAUCCCCAGCAAAAUUAUCAUACCCCCACCGUACCCGACGCUUACUAUGAGGGCGAUCGCUACCCCAGAAAUAACCAGCAGGCCGAUGAGGCUGCCAAUGGCAGGUUACCGCGUCAGAGAAGCCAGUCUCCUCGGGCCGAUGGCGCAAGCCGCAGCGGCUCCGUCAGUAGCAAGAAGAGCCGCUCUCGAUCUGUCAAGAGCCACGCUUCCAAUGCUCUCCACGGCGACGCGUACAGCGCGAGCGUCGAUGGGUACAGUAGUGGUGACGGAGAGCAAGGCAGCGUUUCUGGCCGAAACAAGGAACAGCUCGGUACUACUGACAUCAGCGUUGAGAAUAUUGUCGAGGGUGGCCGACGCAAACGAGCCAAGUUUGAGAGCUCGGAACUUCCUCUCUUUGCACCCCCUCAGAUGCCGGCUGCCACCUCUAACCCGUCCGUCUCCCCGGCGCGUCGAAUUGACCCCCGGGCACCCUUGUCAUACGUCCCACCAGGGGCCAACCCAUUCACGAACCCUCGAUCGCUACAUGCUUCCCAAAACUACGGCAAUGGCUUCCAGGCUGGCGUCUACGCAACUCCAAGCACUGAAGGCCGCCGCCACCAUCGUGGCAGCAUCAGCUAUGGCAGCAGUGGCGCCAUGGGUAUCCUGCCUACGCCAGAUCCCACUGUCGGCAGCUGCAUGUCCGAAGAGGACAAGGAUGUUGCCAUUCAGCUGAUGCGCCUGGGUGAAAUGUCCAACAUCUCGCAUGGCCGCACCUCUGCCUCAACCCUGGACGACACUUUUAGCGGUCGAGCCGACAACGCCUCUUCCACUGGCGCCACUAGCGAUGGGGAAAGUGAGAGCGAUGACGAGCUCCCUGCGGCGCGCCGCCAGAAGCUUGACAUUUCUGGUGCCUCCAAGCUUAUUUACCCGACCACGGAGAGCAGCCUUACUCACGCGCAGACCGAGUACAGCAGUGAUGAGGGCGACCAUGACGAGAACAAGUCUGGCCAGGUCAAGCCCAAGCCUGCCACAAAGAGCAAGCCUACCCCUUCCAUUUCCAAGCCACCGCCCAAGCCUAAGACGCACAAGCCAUCCAACAGCUUGAAGAUGAAGAAACCCCCAGUGCCUAACAAUGUGCCCAUGUCGCCGGCCUCUGCUCCGCACUCGCGGAAGCCUUCCAUCGCUUCUGCCAGCGGCCUGCCUACGGGUGGCGAGGACGAUCAGCCUGACCUGUCCACGAAACCGCGCUGCCAAAGAUGUCGCAAGAGCAAGAAGGGUUGUGAUCGCCAGCGUCCCUGCGGCCGCUGCCGCGACGCAGGUCUGUCGGCCGACCAGUGCAUCAGCGAAGAUGAAGGCAAUGGCCGCAAGGGCCGCUAUGGGCGCCACAUGGGCGUGCCCAUCAAGAAAGACGAUGUUCCUAUUCCGGUCCCGCCGAUCCUACUUCCAGCUGCUCCUAUUGCUCCGACCAUGACUGCAGUAGCUGUGGACAAGAACAAGAAGCGGAAGAGGUAG